GCCAGCCCCAGUGGAGAGGGUGGAGAGGAGGACCACUGCCUCAUGGAGCUCUUCCUUGUCACUAACUCAAAUGAACUCUGUCAGACAGUAGUCCCGUCACCACCUUCUGCACAGUUGUGUAUCCCUGCUCUUGCGUUCCUUCUCUGUGCUUACAACACCCUGAGCCAGUGGGUGUUUUACUUCCUGGUGACAAGUGAGCAUAAAAAACAAGGACUACAUUUUUUUUCAAUGUAGGAUUUGGCACAUACGUGCAGUUCUCCGUGUACCUCCCUGGGUUCCUAAUCCUCUAGCACAGAUCCUUAUCCACGCUCCUGAUAUCCUGCAGUCAUGCAGAGGAGAACGAGAGGGAUCAACACCGGCCUCCUCCUGCUCCUCUCUCAAGUGUUCCAAAUUGGGAUCAACAACAUUCCGCCUGUUACCCUCGCAACCUUGGCUGUCAACGUCUGGUUCUUCCUGAAUCCUUGGAAGCCCCUGUACCAUUCCUGCAUCAGCGUGGAAAAGUGUUACCAGCAGAAAGACUGGCAGCGUUUACUGCUCUCUCCCCUGCACCACGGAGAUGACUGGCAUUUGUAUUUCAACAUGGUGUCCAUGCUCUGGAAAGGUGUGAAGCUGGAGAGAAGGCUGGGAAGCCGAUGGUUUGCCUACGUGAUCGCCACCUUCUCCCUGCUUACGGGGGUGGUGUAUUUGCUCUUGCAGUUUACUGUUGCCGAACUCUUGAAUCAGCCUGACUUCAAAAGGAACUGUGCUGUGGGCUUCUCAGGAGUUUUGUUUGCCUUGAAAGUUCUUAGCAACCAUUACUGCCCCGGAGGCUUUGUCAACAUUUUGGGCUUUCCUGUCCCUAAUAGAUUUGCUUGUUGGGCAGAGCUGGUGGCCAUUCACUUCUGCACCCCAGGGACUUCCUUUGCUGGGCACCUGGCCGGCAUUCUGGUUGGACUGAUGUACACGCAGGGGCCUCUGAAGAAAAUCAUGGACACGUGUGCAGGCAUUUUUAUCUCCCACGCUGGGCCUUCAGGACAGCAGAACCACUUUAACAAUGCAGGCCCCUCCGGAUAUCAGAAUCACUAUGCAGAUGGCAGACCAGUGACCUAUGAUGCAACUUACAGGAACUAUGAUGUCUACACAGCGGGCCUGAGCGAGGAGGAGCAGCUGGAACGAGCAUUAAGAGCCAGCAUCUGGGACCGAGUGAGCCCAGCCACCUCACCUGCCUGCUAGCCUUUCCCUGCCAGGGGCUGUGUCGCCCGCCUCAACUGUAAGUUGGGAUAAGCACAUCCCCCCUCCAGUUGUCAGGUGUCUGAUCACAGCCCUGAGAACAGAACUGACACCAGUGCAGGUGGCAGUAGGGUCGCAUGGGGGAGGGGAAGGGGGUGACCUGAGUUUUGUGAAUCUGGCUGCAGUCUUCUGCAAACAAGAACUGAGAACUGACCGGGUAUCUGAUGGCAUUUUGUGAUGAGAACACACAAAGUGUAAUAGUGUAGCCCUUGGAUUUAAGGAGGGCAGGCCUACUAGCAGCAGUCUGCAGAGAUGCAGACAAGAAUGAGCAGACAGCCAAGCUGAAAUAGUGUGUUAUAACUAACUGGAGUAAUGAGUAUCGGGGUUGUGAGCUGUGAUACAUAGGUAAUUUAUUGCUGUAUACCAAGUCACUGUGAAACUGGUGAUGGAAGGUGAUGGACAUUCUUGCUUAUCAGAGCAUGGGUCAGCAGGGCCAGGAUACCUGACUUUCGGCUGGCAAGUUGCAGUGGUCAGUUUGGAGCAUUCUGCAAUGGCCUUGCAAACCCACCUGUUCUCAUUCAACAGGUUGGCCCAGGCUGGUUACAAGGCUUCCAAAGACAGAGUGUGGAAACCAGGAAGACAGGUGACAAACUGUCAGUCUCAUGGCCUUGUGUUACCAAAGCACGUUACAGGGGCAGUCAAGUCAACAGAAAGGAGAAAUGGAUACUCUAUCUCAGAAUGGCAAAGAGGGGCUCGGCCAUUAUUUUAAAUCAUUGUGUGCAGCAUCACAAACUCUAGAAGUGUGACUUGGUGUCAUAACCCUGACAGUGUCAUAACAAAUCCACGUGGAUGUUCCCGUGCAUAUGGCUGAUCAUGAUGCAUCAUGGACUAGCGAGGCAAGCCAGGACUCAUAUGCACAGAGGGAAUAGUUCAUCCCCUUCCCAUUCACUGACUUCAGUUAAAUUCCAGGAGCCAUAGAAUGCCUGUGUGAUGAAUAGGUUAACAUUUAGGGUUUUGAGGGAGCAACAUUGGAUCAUCACCAUCUUUUUAUUUUUAUUAUUAAUGUGUCUGCCCAUGGCAACCCUUCAAAAAUGAUUAAAGGUCAGAGGAAAAACUCAGGGAAUCUAAGUCAGAAUAUGAACAUGGGAUCUAGAAAGUUCCCUUGUCGAAUUCUUGUAAGAGAAAGGAGUCAAUCUUAAGUGAAUAGGUAAAGUGCCAUUUCUCGGGUUUAACAGAUGUCCCUCGCCUUCCCCUCAGUUUUAGAGGAGUCAGUAGUGAAGGUGCUUUCUUAGUUUCCCACCACAGACAGAACGUCUAAGGGACCAAUGCUUUAAUUCUGAUGCAGACAUAAUUCUGUUUCAGUCAUCCAAGUCCAGGGUUGUCUGGAUCAUUGUUUUGAGUCUAAAGUUGUACAGCAUCAUGCUGGGAGCUUGUGUCAGGCUGCUCAUCCCUUGGCUGCUUAGAAGCAGAGGACAAGAGACAAGAAGAAGCCCAGAGCAAGACAGACCCUACAGAAACAGGCUCCUGGUGACCUGUUUGUCCUGACAAGAUCCCACCUCCCAGUAGCUCAUUUAGUUAAGAACUCAUCCAGCCGAGGACAAAGCCUUCCACACAAUAACUGAUAUCAGAUCCAAACUAUAGCAGGUAUUUCUCAAAAAGAGAGCAGCUUCCUUCAGUAAUUGCCUUCUGUAUCCUUCAGAGACAAGUGGGUAGAACAGUGGUCCUCAACCUUCGUAAUGCUGUGACCCUUUAAUACAGUUCCUCAUGGUGUGGUGACCCCCAACCAUAAAAUUAUUUUUGUUGCUACCUCAUAACUGUAACAUUGUUAAUUAUGAGUUAUAAUGUAAAUAUCUGUGUUUUCCUAUAGUCUUAGGCUACCCCUGUGAAAGGAUCAUUUGACACCCUUCUGCAAGGGGUCGAGAUCCACUGGUUGAAAACUGCUGAUUUAGGGGGUUGUUUAGCUAGAAGCAUCCUAAGAUGUGUCUAACACUUCAGAGUAGUUUUAGAGACUUGAAUGUAACUGCAGAGGAAAGUUUUUGUAUUUUGUGGAACAGAAAAGGAAGUUAGAGUUAGCCUUUGAGAAUGUUUUGUUUAUAAAUCUCUAUUGUUAAUCUAAUAUAAAUCUAAUAUUUAACAGAAAAUAAACAAAAAUAUGUAAAUAUCUAGUAAUGGUUGGGAAAUUGGAUACAUAAAUCUUUAGAGAUGUCAUAUACUUAAUUCUGUAUUUUUAAAUAUUUUAUUUAUUUUUAUUUAUGUUGGUGAUUUGCUUGCAUGUGUGCUUGUGUGUCACAUGCAUUCAGUGUUCACUGAGGUCAGAAGGUGGUUUUGGAUUCCCCAGGAAUGGAGUUACAGUAGAUGAUUGUGAGCCACCUGGACUCCUACCAGGGGCCUCUGUAAGAGUAGCUGAUGAGGGUGUCAGUUUCCUGACUUCUGGAAGGCGCAUGGGAAAGAAUCAAGUAAGAGGCAUGUGCCCAGUUAUUUCAUAAAGAGAACCAAUCUUCCUGAAGAGAUAAUAGUCCAGUAAUUGUACAUCUACUUAGUUCCAUAAUUUAUGUGUCAUAAAUUUGAGUAGAUUGAAAUUUAUACAGUAAUCUGAAUGAAGAAUAAAUGGUUUAUAGUUUUAUUGUACCAUGAAGACAUUAUAUACAUGUUAAAAGCAACAUUAUUGAAAAGUCUAAUGGUAAUGGUAUGAUUAUGAUGUUAUUAAAUUAGUCAAGUAGGGUACAAAACCCUCUGUAUCAUAUGAUCAGUAUUUUAUAUAAUUAAAAAAAUAAAGCAUUUUCCCACAGGGGAAAAAAGAAAAAAAAACUUUUAAAAGCCCUUUCAGAAUAUCUCCUUUUUAUCUUAAUAAAACAAUGAUAAAGUAUUUGGAGGAAAACAAAAUUGGAGUUAAUCUAAGCAUUCUAUAAAGGCAGAAGUCUUGUUAGUAUCUGUCACUACUGUGCAGGAAGUUGUUUUAGAUCACUUUUCUUGAAAUUAGUUCCAUAUGCUAUUUAGAACAUUCAUUGAAAGUAAAAUUCUGUGGUCAAGCAAGUUUAGAGAAAAUUAAUUUAAUAAAUUAGUUCCCUCGGAGCAGAACUAAUUAAAAUCAUUAGUAUUCCAUUGCCAUGGUGGCCGUCUAUGGUAUUGCAGCUUCCAGUGAGCUUCUUUGGGCCAGGGAGAAGGCAGAUGGGAGCUUUGUCUUGGCUGAGACCUGCGCAUAUCCUGUGACUUUACUCCAUACUGCUAUGGUGUGUAUCUCUCAAGAACAGAAGGCAUCUGCUACACACAACCCCAUUGUCACAUCCAAGAAAAUGAGCAAUUCCCCAUCAUCUAACACGUAGUCCAACCCAAAACUUACCAGUUUUCUUUAAAAAGUAUUUUUACAGUUAAUUUUUCUUUUUAUUUGUGUAUCUGUGUGUGUGUGUGUGUGUGUGUGUGUGUGUGUGUGUAUGUGUGUGUGUGUAUACACCAGUCAGAAGGCCCUUGUGGAAGUGGCCUCUGUCCUUCCACCCUAAGUUCAGUGAUGGAAUGCAGGUCUCACAUUUGAUUGACAGGCACAUUACAGGCUGAGCCUUCACCAGCCCUGGGGCUAAUUUUUGAGGUCUCCAUUGUUGUAUUUUAUUAUUUCUUUAUUGUAUGAAAAGCACUCCCUGGUUUGUUUGUUUGUUUUCCUUUUUCCCCCAGAGACUGUUAUUAGGGUUUCUGUUUCUGUGGUAAAACACCAUGAACAGAAGCAUCCUGGGGAGAGAUGGGUCUGUUUCACCUUACACAGGCCAUCAGCCUUUUGUUUCAACUUACACGGGAAGUCAGGGAGGGAACCUGGAAGUGGGAACUGAAGCAGAGGUCAUGGCAGGUAAAUGUAACUUUAUUCGCUUGAUGUAAUUGUUGUCUCUGAGACUUACUGCCUCAGUCUGCUAACCUAUAUCUAGUCCUAGAAGCUCCUAGCCUCCACAGUCUUACCCAGGCCUAGAAUGCUUUCAACUCUGAGACGAUUGCUGAAUAAGCUCACCCUUUCUAGGUCUCUGAACUCUGACUGGCUGGUUCAAGUCAGCUGUUCUGGUUCAAACUCCUCUCCAAGCUGACUGAUUCAACUUGACUUCUCUUUCGGCCUCUGACUGAAUCGCUCAUACCCACUUUGACCAUUUUUUUCCUAAUCUUCUGGUCCUUCUCCCCCUGGGUUUAGCUUGUUCUCUCUCUGCAACCUGUAUCUCUAUAAUUCUCUGUCUUUCCUGUUUCCUCUUUUUUUUUUUGGGGGGGUUUUUCGAGACAGGGUUUCUCUGUAUUGCCCUGGCUAUCCUGGAACUCACUUUUUAAACCAGGCUGGCCUCAAACUCAGAAAUCCGCCUGCCUCUGCCUCCCAAGUGCUGGGAUUAAAGGCGUGGGCCACCAUGCUUCCUGUUUCCUCUUGUGUUGUUUCUCUUUCCUCUCUGUUCUCAUGAGAGUUGGGCAUAUCCUAUCCUGUGAUAUCUUUCUCUAAUUCAUCACUUUGUCUGCCACUCAAUUGGACAUAGCUUUCAAACAUGGGUGCCUUAUUCUACAAACUAACUUUACCUUCAUUGUUUGGAUUAAAGGUGUGUGCUAAGGAUGUGUCUGUAUUCCAGCCAGAGUAGCCGAGUUGCUGGAUUAAAAUCCCUCUACAAUGGAGGAGUACUGCUUACUGGCUUGCUCUUCAUGGCUUGCUUUACCUGUUUUCUUGUAGAACCCAGGACCAGCAGCCUAAAGGACUCCCACAUCAAUAAUCAAUCAAGAAAACAGUCCACACGCUUUCCCAUAGGCCAAUCUGGUAGGGUUAUUCUUUCAAUUGAGGUUCUCUAUUUCUAAAUAAUUCUAACUUAUAUCAAGAUGACAUAAAACCAGCCAACACAAUUGGCCCUGCAUCAACUUUACACACACACACACACACACACACACACACACACACACACACACUAUUCAGUUAGAACCUUUUCUUUCUCAUCUAUCCCCAGGAUGGCAUGUUAAUAUUAAUAUCACUGUACACAAAACUCUUUUUAAAAAGUCUCAUGAUCUUUACAAACUCAAAUGAUUUAAAAGUUCAGCCCCUUUGAAACAUUCAAAGUAUCUUUCAGAGUUUCUCUAAAAUAUUCAAAGUCUCUAAAAAUAUCCAAAGUCUCUAUAAAAUUCCUAAUUCUCUUAAGUGUGGACUCCUGUAAAAUCAAAAGUAAGUUAUAUCAUUUCUUCCUCCACUGGAAGAUCCAGGGUACAAUCUGGGAUUCACUCACAAUCCUCUGGUCUCCAAAGGGCUCUACUUCUCCAGCUCUGCCUUUGCAGCAGGCGACAACAGCUUGUCUCAGAGAAUCAGGCUGGCACCAGGCCACAGGGGCUGCUGCCCUUCGUGGUUGCCCCAUGAUACUGGCAUCUCUAAAAUGUUGGAUGCCCACUGCAGGUGAGCUACACUUUCACCAGUAGUGUUUCCUGGGUUCCCUUCCAAUAAUUCAGUCCCUACCACAUGGUGGUACCAUGCCUCAAGUCAGGAACCUAGAGACAGAAACUUAAACUGGGGCCAGGAAACAGUGCUGUUUAUUGGCUUGCUUCUGACAGCUUAUCUAGUAUGCUUUUUUUUUUUUUUUUUUUUUAAAUCCAGGGGUGGCACCACCUACAAUGAACUGGUCUCUCCUAUGUCGAUAAUCAAGAAGUGCCCUUAAGGGUUGCCCAGCCCUGGGUAUAUUAGUUGAAAUUCUUUCUUACCAAAUGAAUAUAGUUUGUAUCGAGUUAGCAUAAAUCUAACCAGCACAAACACCAGUCCCAUUGAACUGUAAGAAGUCUACAUUUUAUCUGGUUAUUUCUUCCUGGGGCAUUUGAUGCGUCUCUCUAUUCUCUAUCUACUAAAUAUUAUCAAUCAGUCACAUUAGGAGCUCGUUAGACUCGGACUAGCCAGUGUUAGCAGGAAGAUGACAUAACUACUGUUAAGUCCUUUACAGUGGUUAUGAGGUGUUAGAUACACACCUUCAGGCGAUGUCUUCUUCAUUUGUCACUAAGGCGACAGGGCUGCUUCCUCUGGUUCCUCUUCUGUGAGACCAGUUGAAGCCCCUUAGGAGUGUCUGAAAGGGAGUGUGUCUGUGCCCGUGGUUCUGUGAUCUCCCGCUUGCCCAGUCUUCAGCUUUACCCUUCCUGAGUUCUUCCUGGCAGCAGAAUCUGAGGCGGUGAGCAAGUUCCCACAUACCACUCUCGGCUUAGGGUUUGGUGGUUUAACUCCUCAGCUCUUGUCUGUACCCGAGGAGAGUUACUGUUUAGACUGCCCGGCCCUUGUGUUUAUUGUUGGGGCAGGCCUGGUGUUCUGUGUACUUCUCAGCAUUCCACGUAGUGUCUCCUUCUCUGGGGUCUGAGCCAACCACCCCUUAGGGGUUUGCUUUAGAAGCUUCGUAUUAUUCGUUGUGUUUAUUUUUACUUUUUGACUGAAGAUACUUUAGAAACAGUAGUUCCAAAGGCUGUGUGCUUGUUUAUUUCUCUAUGAUUCAUGAGUUGUUGUUACCAUAAGGAAUGUUAGUUUAGUAGUUGUGAUUUGGUUUUGGGUUUAAAAAAAAAAAAGCCAGCUAAGAGAAAUUCGUUGGGAGAAAGAAUAACAAACCCACACCAUUAGUUUGAUACUAUUCUUCAGUUAAACACAUUGUAAGGUAAGUUAUGGGAUUAAAGUAGCAACUUUUUAACCUUAGAGUUUUCUAAUAUUUCCAAACAGUACCCUGCCAUAAUUACAAGUCCUAACGUGCAUGCCAGGAGUAACACGGCCAAAGCAGCCUUUGUAGAAGAAAUAGAGAGAUCGCUAUUAUUCCAAGAACUAGUUCAUUCCCUAUUAACUGAAAUUUUGUCUUGUCCUGUUGGCAGUCAGCACUAACAAAGGAGUCCAGGAGGCAGCUGAUACCAUACCAUAGUAGGAAAGCCUUGGUUAAGAGCCAUCUCUGAGUCAAAAGGCAGACGCCUGCUAGGAACAGUAGCUCGCUGAGUUUUUUGUUUGCUCCCCACCCCAUGCCUUCUCUAAUCUCUUCUCCCCUCCCCCACUGUUGUUCUUUAAUGGCCUGCCACCAAGUUCAGCUGGCACUGGGCACAGAGUUCUUUCUCUCCUUUCCAACUUUUGUCUGCCACCUAGGGCCUGGGGCUGGUGAAAUCUGGAACCCCUUGCUGAUGUGUGGGGUGCUUGUGCAUAUCUUCUGUUAAGUUUCUGAAAAGCACACGGCCACAUCCACACUGGCUGCCCUGUGAAGAUUGGGCAGCGCUACACCAGACAGUGUGCUGGGCUGCUCCUUAGCCAUAUGUGAAAUCAAGGCAAAAUGCACUCCAAAAGCCUUGGCUUGACAGUGAGACAGGCUGCCAUGACCGAAAAGAAAUAGACUCCCAAUUAAUAUCUAGCGCUUUUGCUGUUGAUAUCUUUGAGUCCUGUUUCUACCAACCAUAUAUUCAAGGAGAUCAGCUGAGGUGUGAUUUAAAUGGGGUGGGGGGGUGUUGUGGUUAACUUGCAAAUUUCUCCUUUCUAUGUGGCACCAUGAAGGCACAUAAAGGUAGUGUUUGUCUUGAUUAUUUUAUUGUAUGGGAAAUUAUAAGAAAGGUGGACUAAAUUGUAUUCAGUGCUUUUAAAAUCAGUUAUAUUUACUGCAAAAAAAAA